AUGAAUCAUCAUUCUAAUUCGAAACUUCCCUUUACUAUUCAGCAACUUGCUUCUUUGUACACUACAAACGAUUCCACAGUUAAUCUAUUUAAUUGUCCAAAUCUCUUGCCUACUGAACAAUCGAAUCCUCAAAUUCAAAUAUCUGAAGUUGAGACGUUUUCUACAUUAGAAAAUCCAAACGCGGUCAAAGGAAAACACUUGAAGAAGUAUCAGCAGCAUUAUCUUACACCCACACCCUAUAACUAUUCGGGUUACUGGUCAUCCGAAGAUGAUACAGGUUAUUAUUCUGAUUCACAUUUAAUGUCAAUUGAUCCAGUAACUCCGCUUGAUGAUGAUAAUGGCUAUCUCUCUGACUCACUAUUAUGGAGUCAAACUUUGAAUUCUCAAUCAACAUCGACAUCCCCUUCUCCUUCAGUUCUUUCAGCAUCAUAUGAUGAUAAUGUAUUUUUCCCUAAUCAAUAUAAUGAAUGGGAUGGACAUAUUUCAGACUCUCAAAUUAAUGAUGGUUACUUGUCUGAAUCUUCGAUGUCUUCACCACAGCAGACGCUUUAUCAACAUACCAAUGGCCUAUAUAUUAAUACAAUCGAUCAAUUUGCACUUAAUCCUCAGUUUGCGCGUUCUCUUACACGAAAGCCUAAAAAAAAUGUAACAUCAGCAUGUUUAAAUUGUAAAAAUUCACAUGCAAAGUGUGAUAUUCAACGUCCUUGCAGAAGGUGCAGAGAAAAAUGUAUGACAUGCGGUCCUACUCAAAAUAGAAGACGAGGUAGAAAACCACGUCAAGGCUCUACACCUUCAACACCCGAGCCAACAUCACCCAUUUCACCAUCAUGUCAAAGCACUGCGCAAAAACCCUUUUAG